AGCCCACCUUUGUUUGCUCUGGUGACAGCAAGCAGGUCUGGUCAGGGGCAGUCAGCAAUGCGGCCACCUUUUCCUCCUAAGAGUUGCUUCUCUGAGUCACGGUGCAGCUCUGGUCACCUGGCGGCUUCUUCAGCUCAGGCCCCCCAAAGCGUGGGGCCUGAAGGAUUACCCUGAUCCGCCUGCCCUCUCUUAGGACACAGGAGUAUAAACAGCAGACCCAGGUUCACAUGGACAGACUACUGACAAAACGCGCCUGGAAGGAUGAGUUCUGGCAGAACCCCUUGGACCAAGGGGGCCUGGUAGUGAUCUGCUUGUUCAUCAUUAUGGUCCUGUUUCUCAUCUUGUUUGCUAUUGUGUUUGGUUUACUCCCCCCACUUGAUAGGGUCAACCAGUGUGAAGAGUCGUGACCUGACUUUCUGCAGGCCAAGAAGGGGGCCACUGUUAAUACACUCUCAAAACACCAUGUACCUUUUCUCCAAAGCCCUUUUAACAGUCUGGAAUUAUACAUUUUUCAUGUGAUUAUCUGAUAAGUGCCUGUCUUCCCCACUGGUCCAAGCAACAAAAAGCAGGGGCUGGGUCUCUUUCUGUUCCCCAUUGUACCCCCUUUUCUGAUGUGCCCUCGCACAGAGUCAGUAUCAAUCAAUAUUUGCUGGUUGAAUAAAUGAAUGAAUGAACAAA